UUUUUUACGCGUGCCACACGUAUUAUCUAUUAAAAUGUUACAGCAUAAUGCAUACAUGCACCCACUUUCUGCCAUGUUUACUAAUUCGGUUAUUUCAACGCCCGCAACCAAACCUCAUCUUCCAGGAAAUGCUGUCCUGGGUGCAGCAGGUUCUCCAUUUAAUAAACGACAUAUCGAAGGACUUGGGAGAAGCUAAUUUUUUCGCCAUUGCGAUAUUCGUCAUCAUUCUUCUCGUUAUAUUGAUUAAUUUACGACACAUCAGACAGCAGUUCCAGACGAUGGUGGACAUAUUAACAGGAGGUGUGCCUCCAUUGCAAGCGAAGGCAAUACAGGGAACUUCGCUCGAAGUGGAAACCAUUAGGCGAAACAGACUCACAUCAAUACAUAUAGGACAUAGAAGGGCAAAUCAAGGAAUUGAAGAAAGACAAGGAAUGGAAAUGAAGCCAAUAAAGGAAGACAAAGGGGAAAUCAAGGAAGUUAAGAAACACAAAGAAGGGGAAAUCAAGGCAAUGAAGAAAGACAAAGAAGGGGAAAUCAAGGCAAUGAAGAAAGACAAAGAAGGGGAAAUCAAGGCAAUGAAGAAAGACAAAGAAGGGGAAAUCAAGGCAAUGAAGAAGAAGCACAGGAAAUGAAGGAAGAAACAAAAAAAAAAGACGACGAAGAAAUCAAGGCAAAGAGGAAAAAGCAGCCCCUCUACCAUCGAUGAAGAGGGGG